AUGGCGCAGUCGAACUCAUAUACCACCUUCCAACGGGGAACACUGCAUCGCUCCCACGGAGUAGAUAUAAAAAUGAUUGUGCAUCCGAGCUUUGAGAGUACGAAAGCACCACCCGGGAAUAGUGGAGGGUUGGGAGUUGACGAUCCCGUGAGAAAUGCAUCGGGCUUCCGGACUCAAGCAAACGGGGGUUGUUUGUUAUCCAAGGCAGAGAGCACACGCUUCUAUGGGCGGACAUUGGAAGACGUGCAUCGCUCCCACUCCAAUGCUUCACUGAAAAGAAUUGCAGCUGUUCGCGGUUGUUGGAAGCGAGGGCUGCCAAGGUUGCUGGAUCGGGCCGAUCGCAUGAGACCGUUCUCCAUAAUAUUUGUCGCACACGAACCAGCCAGCAGUUAUGAAUGGGGAACAACCGCAGUUCAAACCACCCUGGUGCAAGGUUUCACCCUUGCAUCUGAAGGCCGGCAGGAUUCAACCCAGUCGCUGCUGGAUUUGCUCGAUUAG